UUUGGAUGGCUACCUGUUUUUUAUUUUAACUUUCAUGCUUGCAUUGCGCAGCUGAACGGAAAUCUAGCCUCUUCACGGCUAAAAAAAGCCCACAACCACAUGUCUAAACCUUCAAAAUUAGAAACAGAGGGAGAAUGCAGAACAGAGGAAAUCAUCCCGUGCAAACCCACACAAGGGGCUCAUUGUCAAUACAGCACAACUUGACAUGAAACCUCACCUUGCAGCUGCAUUAUUGACACAUAGACUCUGUGCCCAAUGUGCUCUGCUGAUGCCUCAUCCUCACUGUCUGACUGUAACUGGUCCUGGCAUCCUCCAUCUGUGCCCCCUUGGCAAAACCUUUUUGAAGUCUUAAAGACGUUGUUAAACUUCCUCAUAGCUUUGGAAAGGGACAGUAAUGCUGUCAAACUUUCUUGUGCCUGACUCAUAAUAUUACACUUUGGUUAGAAUCUGUCUCUUCAUUUUGAGGGAGCGAGCAGUGAUAUAUUGGGACAGUCUUUCAAUCAGUGAAAUCAAAGCGCUCAAUGCGUUCCAUAAUGGGCACCCCGGCUGGGCAUAUGUUGGUGCUAAUGGCCUGUAUGGCAGCCAGAGGAAUGUGCCAGAUAAACAGAGCUGAAGCAGAGAAGGACCCUCUCCCAGCCUUUCUCGUCCACGCCACGCUCCAGUCUGCGGAUUUCUACAGCACUGUCAGUCCUAGUGCGGGGCCCGACCUGCAUCUGGGGUCCCCCGGAGCUGAUGUGCAAGCUGUGGUGUCUGGUUUUCCCAAUGACACCGUCCAAAAAAGGGCAUAUCGACCUCCGAUGUGCCUUGUAAAUACCUCUAUUAACAGCUAUUUUAAGUACAUCAACACCAUAAUCUCCAUUACGGUCUUUGUGGUCGGCAUGGUCGGCAACGCCACCCUGCUGAGGAUUAUAUACCAGCACAAGUGCAUGAGGAACGGGCCCAACGCCCUCAUCGCCAGCCUGGCCCUGGGCGACCUCAUGUACAUUUUCAUUGACAUACCCAUCAACGUAUACAAGCUCCUGGCUUCUCGCUGGCCGUUUGACGACAGCACCUUGGGCCUGUGUCUGUGCAAGCUGGUUCCCUUCCUGCAGAAAGCCUCUGUGGGCAUCACUGUCCUCAACCUGUGUGCCCUCAGCGUGGACAGGUACAGGGCUGUAGCCUCCUGGAGCAGGGUGCAGGGCGUCGGCAUCCCUCUCUUCACAAUCAUUGAGAUCGUGUCCAUUUGGGUGCUGUCCCUCAUCCUGGCUGUACCGGAGGCCGUCGGUUUUGACAUAGUCCCCUUCAACUACACCAACAGCUCCCUGCGCACCUGCAUGCUUAACCCCCAGAGCAGUUUCAUGACGUUCUACAGAGAUACAAAGGACUGGUGGCUGUUUGGCUUCUACUUUUGUGUACCUCUGAUAUGCAGCGCUAUCUUCUACACCCUGAUGACCGUGGAGAUGCUCAACCACAGGAACGGCAGCCUCCGGAUCGCUCUCAGCGAGCACCUCAAACAGAGGAGGGAGGUGGCCAAAGCUGUCCUCUGCCUCGUCCUCAUCUUUGCCCUCUGCUGGUUCCCGCUACACCUCAGCAGGAUUCUUAAAAGGACGAUUUACUACCAGAAUGAUAGGAAGCGCUGUGAGCUGCUCAACUUCCUAUUGGUCAUGGAUUACCUCGGCAUCAACCUUGCAACAAUAAACUCCUGCAUAAAUCCCAUUAUCCUCUACUUUGUCAGCAAAAAGUUCAAAAACUGCUUCAAGUCGUGUUUGUGCUGCUGGUGUUACUCCGACAACCAGCUGAGCAGCAUUGGACCCAUGAAUGGCACGAGCGUACAGUGUAAGAGCCCCGAACCCAACAACCUCCACACUGACCGCAGCAUCAGGAAAGACAGCAACUGAUCUCGCGCCUCGGGAAUAUUUUUGAAGACCUUCCAGCGUCCCCCCAGCAAGUGCUUAAAAUACAACCAAUACACAUCCUUAAAUAUAGACAUCAAAAACGCACUUCUUUUUUUUCUUCUUCUUCAGACAACAAAUAGUCUAAGUUAGGACCACUAAAGCAGCACAUGGAUGAGGAACUGGAAAUAAGGAACAAACAAUGGAUUUGGUGUACAAUGCUCUGAAGUUUCCUGAGCCUCUCAGCAGGGCCGAACUUCCGAAAGACAAACUCCCCUCUGUUCCCACACCCACGGACAGUGACGCUGUAGCUUGAGAGAAAGGAGGGAGAGCAGGAUGAGGAGGAGGAGGAGGAGGAGGAGGAGGAAGAGGAGGAGGACUCUUUAAAGGGAUGCAGCUGAACACGGACUAUAAAUUACUCUCUAUCAGGAGUCAAGCAUGCUAUUCCUGUAAAGGGCAGCACUACUGGGAAGGAUGCUACAGGAAGGAAAAAGCUGACUGCUCGCUGUCAGAGCGGAUGAUGAGAGAUGAAUAUGUGCUGUCCCCAGGAGUUCGCCACUCACUGGCGAUGAAAAACAGGAAAGCGCGUUACUGACUCGAGCCGCAAUUAAUUUUCCAUUAAACGUGUGAGCGGUUGUACAGUGUAUUUUACUCGUGCUCAUUAUUCAUUAAGCUGCUUUGUGGUAUAAUUAGAAGAUGCUUAAUGUUUGAUUCCUACUGCUUCACGGAAGAAUCAUGUCAGGAUGUGCCAAAGUACCUGGCACGAAAUCAAGUACAGGGUUUCAGGUUUUAGAGCAGAUAGACACUGCAUUAUCAUAGCACAUGUCAAACAAACACUUAAUAAGAAGUAGGGGAAUGGAUUAUGGAAAGUCUGAUAUCACCACUGACCAAAAAUAGACAAACUUUUUUUUCUUUUUUUUUUUCUUCAACACUGUGAAUUUUACCAUUUUACAAAACAUCACUUAUGGCAGCAUUUAUGCCUGAAUAAUCCAUAGAAUAUAAUUAUAUGUAUAUUGUCCACUUUUAUAAAGUGUUAUAUUGCAGUAAUAGUAAGUAUUUUAUUCAGACUACGUUACAUUUGUAAUGACAUAGGCAGAGAAUGGUAGAUACUCCAAGCUUGUAGUUGGACGUUUUAGAAAAUAUGUCCCUUUUUUUGUUGGCGUUACUUUGAUGGCGUCCAGUUAGCCUGGCUUUGCAUAAAGAGUGGAGACAAGUGGAAAACAGGUGGCCUGGUUUUGUCCAAAGGCAACUAGGUCCACCUGCUAAUUAACACCUUAUUUUUUAAAAAUCACAUUUAUUUAAUUUUUUUUUAAAUAAAAAGAAGCCUAACCAGGAGGAGAGGCUGGCUGUCGUGCUGCUGCAGCCAGGAGUGACUAGGAAUAAUAUCUGUUUGGCUGUUGGCACUGUCAUACAUCCAAAAUACAGGCUGGCUACUGCACUCAUCUACUUUUACGUUUGUUAAGUUUUGAGUAUGACAGAUGUAGGUUUUAAAGUUGUUUAAAGCCACUUUUGAUGAAGCUAAAGUAAAGUGAUGAUGUUAAACCUGAAAUAACUUUUUCAAAUCGUAUUUAGUAAUUAGUCACAUUUUAACGAGGGGUUAAAUUGUGGACAAUUUCUCGGCUGGGUGCAGUUACUUCCUGGAUAAGCUAAACUGGCUGUUGGCUGUAAUUUUAUAUUAAAUGGACAGACAUGAGAUCAAUGUUCUCAACUAUCCCUCAGCAAGAAAGUCAACAAGGCUGUUUCCCAAAAUGUCCAUCUAUUGUUUUUAUAUGGAAACCAUAUUCAGCUAUCAAACAACUGUGCUGCCUUAUAUUAUGUGAUAUGUGAACACAUGUAAACCUGUGUGAGUUUGAAUGUGCAUGUGAGUGUAUGCUGCGUGUAUAAUUACUUGCACGUCUUUCGUUGGAGUGUUUUUGCACACUUGUGUACGGCGGAGCAAGCGAUGUCUGUACAGCAUCAUUUUACCACUAUUCCUCAAAGCGAUUCAUAACAAUCCAUAGAAAAUGGACUUCAUAUCUAUUUGUUGCCAUUGAUUUAACAUGUUAACCUCACGUUAAUGCUGCUCCUUAUACCAAUAAAUCAGUUUCCAUCUCCACCGUAAGAAA